CAAUGAUGUCAUCCUCGUCUCAGUGCUACGCUACCUGUCUUGUACAUAAUAUCGCCUUUAAUAUUAAACGCGAACUUUCAGCUUGCUUUAUUCAUCGUAUUUUCUUUUAUUAUUAUCGUUGAUCCUCUCCAAUUGCCUACUAAUAUGUCCUAUUCAAAUACUUCAUACCUCAGAUAUCAGAGAGUAGAAUCGGGAAUAGACUAACAUGGGACGGCUUACUCGUAUCCUGUCGCGGGCUACGGCAAAGCCAUAUAAGACUGCUGAGCUGGAAUUCGAAGAACAACCGUACCUAAAUGAUAAUGGGCAUAUCGAUUUCAAACCUGACGAUAUCGAGAACCCACAUAACUGGUCUAACCCUAGGCGUUGGUACGUGACAAUAUGCUCGGUUUUGCUUGUUGUGAAUGCCACCUUCGCAUCAUCGGCCCCUUCUGGUUGCUUUGGUAGCAUAUCUAAAGAGUUUAACAUCUCGGAAGAAGCGGCUGGACUCACUAUAACCCUUUUCCUCCUCGGUUAUUGCGCAGGUCCUCUUAUUUUUGCUCCCCUAUCGGAGUUCUACGGAAGAAGGUGGAUUUUCUAUAGUACCUUCUUGCUGUAUAUCGCAUUCAAUUUCCUCUGUGCUUUUGCACCCAAUUUCGGAAGCUUGCUUGUCGGCAGGUUCCUCACAGGCACGUUCGUGAGCGCUCCGCUCAGCAAUAGCCCGGGCGUGAUUGCGGACCUAUGGGGCCCCCUUGAGCGUGGAUUUAUGAUGGCGGCUUUCUCAUGCAUGAUUUGGGUAGGACCGGCUCUCGGGCCAGUUGCCGGAGGAUUUCUCGAGCUUACGAAGAACUGGAGAUGGAUCUUUUAUGUUUUGCUAUGGAUCGGCGGCGCUACGGCGAUACCUAUGUUUACCAUCCCCGAGACCUUCGGCCCUAUCAUAUUAGUCCAUCGAGCUCGCCGCAUAAGGAAGGCUAAGAUCCCAGGUUACGAAAAUGUCAAGGCCCCGGUUGAGGAGAGUGACCGCUCAUUAUUAGGGAUCUAUCGAGUGGCUCUCACGAGACCGUGGAUUAUCCUUUUUGAUCCCAUCUCCUUCUUAUGUGCUGUAUACAUGUCUGUCGUGUACAUGUUGCUCUACAUGUUAUUCACCAUAUACCCAAUAGUCUUCCAGCAGAGACGAGGGUGGAACGCUGGGGUUGGCCAGCUACCCUUGAUUGGAACCGUGAUCGGGUCCUUCAUCGGUGCUAUCGUCGUUUUCUUCGAUUACAAAUAUAAGACUAAAAAGAUGCAGAACGGGAUAUCUCUAAAACCUGAGGACAGGUUAACUCUGGCUCUCAUUGGCGGCGUUCUUUUUCCAGCUACCAUGUUUUGGUUCGCAUGGACCGCCGAGUUCAAUUCCAUUCAUUGGAUAGUCCCAACGAUAGCUGGAGUAUUCUUGGCGACCUCGCUCAUGCUUAUAUUUGUCGGGUAUAUGAAUUAUCUAGUCGACUCCUAUUUGAUGUACGCUGCGUCGGCUAUCGCAAUAAAUACCGUUUGUCGCUCGGCUUGCGGUGCUGCAGCACCUUUGUUCACCAACUAUAUGUUCGAAGCGCUUGGUGUUGGGGGUGGAGGCUCCCUAAUCGGCGGCAUCGCCACGUUGUUGGCAGUGAUUCCAUUCGCCUUCUAUAAGUAUGGCGGACGUAUCCGCACCCGCUCGAGAUUCGCAUCCACCGGCUCCAAGAAGCCUGACGAGGAGGAGGCGCAGCAAAUCGAAAGGGAUAAGUCUGCAGCGCCUAGUACAGAACCUUCGCCGCAUUUAUUAGAAUCGUCCAGUACGAUGACCGAUGAGGAGGUACAUGAGACACAGGCCGAGAAAAAGAAAAGCCGACGACGUCCAGAAUGCGCUGGGAGAGCCGAGAGACGAUAAGAAAGAUUUUGGGCGACAAUAUAAUGCUUAUACUUACCUACGUAUUUGAAGGCCACCAAAACGGCUCUUUUUUUUAUUGAAUUAGCAUUUUGGGAUUGUGUUUAUGGAUUUUAGUUAGGCUUAGAUACCUGAGGUAUCUAUAUAAUUCUUAUUACAGCAUGAUUCUUUAACCCCUUUCCUAACUUAGCUAUUUACAACCCUUUUUUUUCUCCAGAAAAGGAUUUUCGUAGUUGCUUAAGACAUGUAAAGUAAGACGACAGUAAUAUUGGUCUAUCUUAAUUUCGAGCAUCGCAGCCAUAUACCCAUGUCUAAUUUAGC